AUGAAUCUGUUUUCUUCUGUUUUUCUUAAAGCAAACACAAGACUUGUCUUUGUCGAUCAGAAGAAGAGUUGGAGAGACGCUCAGAGUUACUGCAGACAGAAUCACAUUGAUCUGAUCAGUGUGAGGAACCAGAACGAGAAUCAACAGAUUCAGCAGUUCAUUCGUGACAGACAGUUAUCAAGAUCACGGAUCUGGAUCGGUCUGUUCAGAGACUCAUGGCAGUGGUCAGAUCAGAGUAACUCUUCAUUCAGAGACUGGGACACUGGUGAACCUGAUAAUAAUGGAGGAAAUGAAAACUGUGCAGCUGUUAAUGCUCAGAGAAAAUGGUUUGACGUCUCUUGCACCAAUCGAUAUCCUUUUGUGUGUUAUGAAGAUCCUGAACUGAUUGUGAUCAGAGAGAAUGUGACGUGGUCUGAAGCUCUGAGAUACUGCAGACAGAAUCAUGUGGAUCUGGUCUCGGUUCAUUCAGAAGAGAUGCAGCGUCGUGUGAUGAACGUGGUUAAACUGGCAUCUACUGCGGAGGUGUGGUUGGGUUUACGUCACUCCUGCACUGUGGGCAUCUGGUUCUGGGUGAGUGGAGAGACUGUGUGCUAUCAGAACUGGGCUCCAGGGAACGGCACAUCAGAGGAGGACUGUGAACACACAGUGAGAUCUGGAGCAGUUCAGUCUGGAGGAGAUCAGCGCUGGAUCAGUCUUCCUGAGACUCACAAACUCAACUUCAUCUGCAGAACUUAUGAAGAGUGAAAGGAAACACAGAACUUUCACAUGAGAUAUAAAAUCCUGUGUGUUGCUUUAACUUCAUUAAUCACUUUGUAAAGCAAUACUUGUACAUAUAAUAUUUUCUAACUCAGCAGGAAAUCACAUGUGGAGGUUAAAGGCAGAAAUCUUUUGCUCGGAUGUUUGUUAAUAUAGUUUAAACAGUUUAAAACAAUAACUUUAAUUGGCUGCACAGUAAAUUGAAUGUAUUGUUCUUAUGAGGGUCUGUUUUUUGCAGGUGGGUGAAUUUCUGUUGAUGUUUCAAUGUGAUUCCUGUGGGUUUGUUUGCUUAAUAUUAAGAGCCUCAUAUUUCGCUUUUAGA